AACGAAAGAAAUGACUAGCUCAGGGGUGGGCUGCUGAGAAACCUGGCCCUUGGCUCGCCUUGGGCUUAUCCCAGGCACCUGUGCCUAAAGACGCGCCUGUUAGAGGUCUCCUUAAAAACUUCACACCUGACUGCCCCAUCUAAGCAGUUUUAAAUUGGAAAAGGAAGAGCCGACUGCAGGCCUCUCUAAAAGUGUCAACUUCUUGCCUAAGAACUGGAAAGACUGACUAGUUUGAACAUGGAAAACCAAGAACCAGUGGAUUCUUCUGGAAAAACCAAACAGUUUACUAUUUCAGAGGAGUUAAUUGCAGAAGGAAAAUGGGUCCAGUUUGAAAAAACAACUUACAUGGAUCCUACUGGGAAAACGAGAACUUGGGAAACUGUGAAACGUGCAACCAGGAAAGGACAGUCGGCUGAUGGUGUGAUGAUUAUCCCAGUACUGCAAAGAACUCUGCAUUAUGAAUGUAUCAUUCUGGUGAAACAGUUCCGUCCACCCAUGGGAAGCUACUGCCUGGAAUUCCCUGCAGGUCUCAUAGAUGAUAAUGAAAGCCCAGAAGCAGCUGCUCUGCGAGAGCUGGAAGAAGAAACUGGCUAUAAAGGUGAUGUUGCUGAAUGUUCUCCAGCUACAUGUAUGGAUCCAGGUUUGUCAAACUGUACCACACACAUCGUGACAGUAACCAUUAAUGGAGAUGAGGCUGAAAAUGUAAGACCCAAGCCAAAUCCAGGAGAUGGAGAAUUUGUGGAAGUAAUUUCCUUACCAAAGAAUGACCUGAUGAAGAGACUUGAAGCACUGGUAACUGAAGAACAUCUGACAGUGGAUGCUAGGGUCUAUUCCUAUGCUCUGGCGCUGAAACAUGCAAAUACCAAGCCAUUUGAAGUGCCCUUCCUGAAAUUUUGAGGCCAGAGGAGAGUAGCCAUGUUUUUGUUCUAUAAAUGAGGCCAUAAGGUCUCCUUCACUAAGACUUUGUAUUCAGCUAAGUUUGAUGGAAAUGUAAAAUUACCUUUUUCAUAAAAUAAGAACAACAAAAAAUGCAUGUGGUGGUAUGGAAUUAUAAUUAUAGGUAGGCUAUUGCCUUCAUUUAAAUGCUAAAUGCAAAUAUGUUUAAUCCAUUUUUUUUUAACUUCAACUGUUAUCUAACCUAAUCCAAGAAAUAGGGGUUAGAAGAAACCUGAAUUCUAAAUUAGGUCAACUACUCCUACCUCAAACUCCCAACAUAAAAUUCUAUAGCCGAUGGCAUACCUGAUUUUGCUUAGUGGUUAGAGCGUUGACCCUAGAACAGAAGGGUCACGGGUUCAGUUCCUGUCAAGGCUGUACCUCAAUUGCAGGCUCAAUCUGAUCCCUAGGCCCUGCCUGCAGGAGGUAACCAAUCCGUGUGUCUUUGUCACAUCGAUUUCCUCUUUCUGUCUUUCCCCUCCCUUACACACUCUUUAAAAAUCAGUGGAAAAAAUAUCCUCUGGUGAGGAUUAACAACAAAAAAUUCUAUAGCUGAGUAUAGACAAAUUAUAUUGUUUAAAAGAAACCAUUACAUUAUUUAAAGGAAACCAAUAUAGGGACUCCUAUUUGAAUUAUCUGCUAUAUGGAAUUAAUCUGUGUAGCAAAGGAUAUAAAACCCAUAGAGUAACAUUCAUAGGCCAGUGUUUACAUUUAGCUAUUGUCAUUAUAUCUACCUACUACUUAAGUAAUGAAAAAUGGUUAAUUUCAUUCACUAUAAGAAAGUUAAGAGGCUAAUGAAAAUACAAGGCCCUUCCCUCUAAAGCAGCAGUUGCCAACCUUUCGGACCUCACGGACCACCGGUUGGCGACCACUGCUCUAAAGCAUGUGGACACAUUUGAGAAUCUCAUUUCCUAUCCUUACCUCAAAAAAGUAACUUGAAGUUCUAAAACACCAAAUCCAUGGUAGUAAGAUUUACAUAGUUUGGGGCAUUAUUGUCUUGGUAUUCAACUAUGAGUGCAGCCAGCAAGGUUAACAAGUACCAGAAACCCAUUAUAAACUACUUUAAAGGAAAAAACAGGGUUGUUUCUGGUUCAUGCCAUGCCUAAUGCCUGUCAUCCAAAAGGUCUACCAGGGUUACUGGGCCAUCUCCUUACCUCCUGAGCCAAGGCUCUUGGGUUGACUGUAUGGCCUCCAACAACUCUAGGAUCACUGUUUUUUCAGCUUAGCUCCCAGAAAAAGUCUCAGGAUGAUUCUCACCGGCCAGCCCUAAGUCAUGAUUUGAGCUCUGGACCCAGGGGUUUAGCCAGGCCCCUCAGAACCAGAUAAAAUCAGGGUACUAAUGCCAAAAAUGCUGCAAUAUAGUUCAUCUGUCUACAGGUUCACUCUUUUCCAGAUACUUUGAUGAA